AUGUUUAAAGUGGACAGCUUUGAGGCACUGGACCAAAUCAGCAGCACCCUGGAAAAAAGCAUCAUUGCCAUAGAAGGAACCCAAACCAUUGGUGAUGCCACAACGAUGGAAUUUGCCCAGAAUGGCUUCAGCGCAGCUCUUGUGUCUAGACCCAAUGAACGGUUUCUAGUGGGUGUGGUCGGGGCAAAUGAAUGGAGAGGAGGGUAUCAGGACAUCCAUCUGUCCAGCGGGGAGCCCAGCUUUACCAGGGUGGAUCAGAUCACGGCUAACAGCUAUCUGGGCUACUCCAUGGCUAUAGCCCGCUCAAGAGGAGAGGAGCACAUAGUUAUGGGGGCCCCCAGGUAUGAACACAAGGGGCUAGUCAUGGUCUUCUCUCCUGGAAACACGCGACCAAAGAUGUUCACACAGUCUCAGAUCGGUGCCUACUUUGGAGCAGAGGUGUGUGUGGUGGAUUUGGACGGAGACUCCAACACUGAUCUGAUUCUGGCAUCUGCCCCCAUGCACACAGAGGGAGAGAGAGAGGGCAAAGUGUUUGUCUACAGCAUAUCAUCUCAGGUGGUACUAUGUAGCAGGCAAUGGGACACAGGAUUUUGAGCUCAAUUGGGACGCAGUCUUCACUUUUACAAAGAAAGUCU